UUUGUUUCUCUAUUUUUGUUUUUAUGGUUCAUAUCUAGAACACCUACUGUAAAUUGUGACAGCACUGACAUGAAACUUUGCACUGGGUAUUGUUUGUUAGUUAGUCGCUUCCGUAUACACAGUUCAUUAUAAUCGUGAUUCACGAGGCGUAUGCAUGCGUUUGUAGUGUAAUGCAUAAAAAUGCGGUUAACUGUGGUAUUAUGGAAACACUACUUAAUUAGAAAGCGGCAUUAUCUUUUAACAUUAGCUGAAAUAUGUAUACCUUUUCUGCUGUUUCUUUUACUGGCAUUUUGCCGAGCAAAAGUAGAAAUAAUAAGUAAAAUCAAUGUACCUGCUGAAAUAUAUACCAAUAAAGAUUUACAAGCCAUAGAGACUUCAGAAACGAAAAUUUACUAUGCUCCGGUUAACAAUGACACUGAAAAUAUUAUUGAGAUGGUCAAAGAGACAUUUGAGAUGCCUUCAAGCAAUGUAUUAUCAUUUGCCACUGAAGAAGAGAUGAUUAAACACCACAUGAGGUCAAACCAUACACGUAUAAUCGGGAUAGUGUUUAAUAAUAUAUCGAAAAACUUCGACUACACAUUACGAUAUUAUUUAAAGUUUAUGCCUUGGAUGAAUGAUCGCCUCUACUAUGGAGGAUUUUCGGAGUUGGAAUCAAAUUACUGGUCUUCCGGUUUUCUAACUGUACAAUACGCAUUGGAUAAAGCGUUCAUAGAGAAAAACUCGAAAUCGCCCCUCAAUGUUCAACUUUUAACCAAGGGUAUUGCUUUUCCACCCCGAGUCAAGGAUGUUGGUCUAUCCCAAAUAUAUAGAGACUUUUUACCUCUAAUAACCAUCAUCAGUUUCAUGUUUAUUAUACCUGCUGUUGUGCAAAGAAUUGUCGAGGAAAAGCGGAGUGGAAUAAAGGAAUUACAAAAAAUGGUUGGAUUGGAAAGUUGGCUUAUAUGGGUGGGUUGGUUUGUGCAUGGUCUAGUCCCGGUGAUUAUUUCCAACAUUAUAAUAACUGUUCUAAUGAAAGUACCAUUUUGGGGCACUGAAUAUCCGCCAAUUGAAUUAACCAACGGAAUAAUAUAUUUUAUCUUCUUAAUGUUGUACUGUAUUAGCACUAUUUGUUUCUGCUUUGUGAUCAGUACAAUAUCAAGUAAACCAACGUCAGCUAUGUUAAUUGGAAUGUUACUAUGGAUCUUUUCAUAUUUUAUUCCUGAAAAAAUUUUGGAAGCUUAUGGAGAUAACAUCUAUUUGAAAUUGCUUUUUAGUAUAUUUCCCAAUAUAGUACUUGGUCAGGGUUACAAGAUAAUAGAGAAAUUUGAGACAAAAGAGGUGGGACUUCAAUGGUACAAUUUGUUUAACAAACCAUUAAAUGAGAAAAAUGAGAUAUGCAUGUUUGCUGUGUUAACCCUUUUCAUUAUUGAGACGCUAAUAUUCGUAGUCUUGGCUGUUUAUUUCGAUAACAUAAACCCUGGAGAAUAUGGCAUUCGAAAACAGUUUUCCUAUCCCUUCCAAAAUUUGAAACAGUGGAUAACGUCAAAAUCGUCGAGCGUGGGAGUGAACAGCCACAAAGCAGAAGAGGGUCAACUGGUCCCAAGAGCUUCAGUACAUGGUCAUAACAAAAGGCCAGGCAUUAUAUUGGAGAAUUUAACUAAAAUGUUUGGUGGCCAUCCAGCUGUAGAUAAUUUAAAUUUGAACAUUGACCGAGACCAGAUAACAGUGCUGCUGGGACAUAAUGGCGCAGGCAAGACCACAGUAAUGCACAUGAUGACCGGUAUGAUAGACGCAACAAAAGGGCACAUUUACAUCAACGAUUUGAAUGUUAAGACCCAUAUGAAAGAAAUCCGAUUAAGCCUUGGAUUGUGUCCCCAGCACAAUCUGCUAUUUAGAGAUUUCACAGUAGAAGAACAUUUAAUUUUUUUCGCUAUGCUGAAAGGUAUGUCUUACCAAUCCUCCAAGUCACAGGCAAGCGUUCUUAUGAAGAAACUGAACAUUGACGACAAACGAAACGAAAUGACGCGUAAAUUGUCUGGCGGAAUGAAACGUAAACUCUGUUUAGCUAUGGCAAUUAUUGGAAAUCCUAAAGUUCUCAUCUUGGAUGAACCGACUUCCGGUAUGGAUCCGGAGUCUCGUCGAGAGAUUUGGAACAUGCUUAAGGAAGAUCGUGAAUCCAAAACUAUUCUGAUCACCACCCAUUUCUUGGAGGAGGCUGACGUCCUUGGUGAUAAAAUUGCGAUAAUGUCCCAUGGCAAGGUCCUCUGUCAUGAUACGCCGCAUGAACUGAAAAGAAAAUACAAAACUGGAUACAAUUUAUCGUUGUCACUAAAAAGCAAGAACGAUGACGAACGAAAUGGUAUCCAAGCCAAAUUAACUAAAAUACUUAACGAGAUGGAAAUGAAUAUUGUACAGUUACCAGCUUAUGGCAAUAAGAUAACACUGAACUUGCGAAUUGAAGAUAAGAACCGUUUUCCGGAGCUACUAAAUAAACUAGAUAAGAAGAAAGAUGAAUUGCAAAUAGAAGGGCAAUCUUUAACGCUUACAAAAUUGGAGGAUGUUUAUCUAAAGUCUAUGGAUACUGAUGAAACAGAUGAAGCAAACCAUACGACAUUGGAUAAGAAUUAUGAUAUAAGUGUAAAAUUUGGCAAAAAAAUGUUUUUCCUUCCUAUGAUAUUUAAACGGUUUUACUGUUUGCGAAGGAAAUGGUUACAAUAUAUAACAAUGAUUUGUCUAUUAAGUUUGUUGCUAAUAGGAAUUACUUCUUUAUGCCAACGAUCCUUAUUUGGGGACCUCUCUCAGCACGAGAACAAACUGCAAUUAAAUUUAAAAAUGUAUGGGGAAGGUACUGUUUUUUAUCAUUACCGUGAAAAUCCUAUAUUGCAAAAUAUUUCGGGUACCUACGACCGACUUAUAAAGGAAGGAGGAAGUCAUCCAAAACCAACACCGAAUGUCGAUGACGCUGCAAUUCGAUUAGGAACUUCAGAUAUCGACUACUAUAAACAGCAUCUUGUUGUGGGAGCAGAAUUUUACAAUCCAAGCACAAUGAUAGCUUUGUACUCACUGAACGCAUUGCACAGUGCUCCUGUGUCCGUGAAUCUAAUAACUAACGCUUUAGCGAAGACUAUGCUCGGCGACGACUAUUCGAUAUCAGUCAGCUCGUGGCCCAUGGCACCUCUGGUCGUUGAAGAUGAAUCCGAAAUGUUAAACGAAACCCAAAGCAAAAUAAUUUGGUCGUUCCUGUUUCCCUUGGGGAUUAUUUUGUUCCUCUGUCCAUUUUUGACUUUCCCAUUUGAAGAAAUGAUCAUGCAGUUUACAAGGAUCCAAUUUAUGUCGGGCAUACCACCAUGGAAGUACUGGCUUUCUAGCUGGUUCACUGAUACGAUCAUAAUUCUCGUAGCAAUGAUUCCCAUUUGUCUCAUUCAACUAUUCCAACUGGGAUUCGAAUUUAAUAUUUUUUACCACGGCCGUGUGUUUGGCAUGUUCUUUUUGUUGAUUUGGUUUUUAAGCGUAACUAGUUUACCUUAUGCGUACCUAUUUAGCAGAAGGAAGACGCUGUCAGCCGGUGUAGCCCUUUUCAUAAUACUUAAUCUGUUUAUGGGAGUCAUACUAUUCACGAUUGUCAGCUUGCUAACAUUGGCGACAUCUAAGUUUUGGAAAGACAUGAGCGAUACAUUAGACAAAGUGUUUCUCAUUAUGUGCCCGCCAUACGGUUAUACAAAACUAAGUCAUUUUUAUUCGCAGCAAACAACACGCUUGUAUAACUGGGAGGUGAUGUCUAGUGCGGAGAAACGGUUAGAGUGUCUGAGGAACGAAAAUAAUCCUUGUUGUGCAAAUUUGGGGAAAUUCGUAUGUGACGAGUAUUUAAGUUAUUUCGGUCCAGAAACAUCAAUAACAUUAGACAUAACUUUGAUCAUUGUCGGUAUGGUAGUUUAUUGGGCCAUCAAUGUUUUCUUGGAUACUUUAUUCCAGCGAAUAAUGGAAAGAAUAAAGCUGCAAAUUUUUAAUUUAUCAAAAGAUGGAAGUUGUCCUGAUGCUACAGAUGCCCCUAGCUGUAUUGAACCCAAAGACGUGACAUUUAAGGCCGAAAAGUUACAGAAGAAAUUAGGAAACAAGAUGAUAGUAAAUAUCAACGACUUAAAAGUGAAAAAGGGCACGUGUCUUGGUUUCCUAGGCGUGAACGGAGCCGGAAAAACUACAACCUUCCGUCUAAUCACCAGAGAAAUGCUGAACGACCAUCCAAAUGGAAAAAUUCUUAUAGGCGACACUGAUAACAAGUGUGGGGACGCAUAUCUUCAGAGGCUCGGUUACUGUCCCCAGGCUGAUCUGCUUAACAUGACCCUUACUGCGAAGGAGCUACUUACUUGCAUGGCAUAUAUACGAGGCGUCAAAGAUGUGUCCAAGACGGUGGAUUCGUUUAUAAAAAUAUUUGAUCUGGAGGAGUAUGCCAAUAAACCUAUCGAGACAUACAGUGGCGGUAACAAGAGGAAAGUGUGUGCCGCAGCAUCAUUUAUUGGCAUUAGAGAUGUUGUCCUAUUGGAUGAACCGACCAGCGGUGUCGAUCCUAAAAGUCGAAGGAACUUUUGGGAAGUGCUCAAGAAUUGUCAAUUUAAAAACGGCUUAACAACGAUCCUUACUUCACACAGCAUGGACGAAUGCGAAGCUCUGUGCGACGAAUUGGCGAUUCUUAAAAAGGGAACCAUAAGGAAGAAGGCUACCAUUGGAAAGUUGAAGAAGGAAAUAAACGGUUACAUAGUCACGUUUAAUCUCAAGCAUAAAACUUACGACGAAGUGGAUAGCGCAUCAUCGCCAGCUACAAAUGAUGUUUCGGAUUCUUUAGCAGAGAAAUUAAUCACAGAGAUAGCAAACUUUGGCCAAGGAAAACUACGAGAUAAUCAUCACGAUACGUUAGAGUUUCAUGUUACCGUAAAAGACAACUGGACGUUGGGUAAAAUAUAUGAGAGAAUUGAGAGUAUUAAGAGUAAAUAUGAUGAAGAAAUUGAAGACUACACCAUCAAUGAAGUGUCAGUGGAAGACGUGUUUCUUAAUGUAGCUAGAGAACAAGAUGACCCUGUAUAGUUGUAUAAAGGAUAAUCAUUUUAAAUUUAGCGGGAGUAAAUUUCUUCAUCAGUGUUAUACCAUGCUUAAUGCUGGCACAACUUGCAAAAUCUUAGAUAGAUAAUUUAUUCCAUAAUCCGACAUACAUCGUAUUUACCGUGUUUUUGAAACUUAUUGGUUUUGGGAUAUUAAUUACUUAAUGUUUUUGCCAUAUAUUUUGAAUAACCAAAUUAAUUAUAAAUUCUUCCCUCUACUCAGCAAUUUUAUAAUUCCAAAUCUUUCAGUAUAUAUUUGCUGUUCAUUAAAGUUCUACAUAAAAUUUAUAAUAAUAUUGAAAUGUAAAUGUAAAUUUCUAGCUAUAUGUUUUAAACUUGAAUACGAAUUAAUUCGUUUAUGUUUAUAUGAAAUAUAAGAGUUGAUUCUGUUUUUAAAUGAACGAUUCCCAAAAUUUUAGUACAAUACAUUAAUGUCCGUAUUGUGCUAAUUAAAGUAGUAUUAAAAUGUUUGUAGAGUGACCAGAAGAAAAUUCUUUCAUAUAUACAUGUGCUUUAGAAAUAAAUAUUUUUAUAUUCUUACAAUUUAUAUAUCUAUAUUUAUAAUUAAUUAGCCUGCACUAGUCAAGGGUAAAACUAGUAUAUAGAGUGAUGGUAGUCCUUGAUUAUACAUCUCGCUGAAAGCGGACAUCCAAAUUUUUUUUUAUAUUUACGUGAUGAUAUAUUGUUGCACAUUUUAGUUAGUGGUCAUGUUGCAAGUUUCACGACAUGUGCUCGAUAGAUAUAUUCGAAUAAUGUUGCCUUAAUAUUUUUCUGUACAGUCAGGACAAAUUUUAUAUUAAGCAUAAUUUAUAAGAGUUGUGCGGGAUUAAUUCGUACUAUUUUUAUAUAUUUUUUAAAAGUACUACUUAUACUGCAGUGUUUGAUAAUAUAACAUAUUCCCUCUUAUGGUGUGUUCCUAUUGUAAAAUGUUGUGCAUAAAAAAGAAUUAUAAAAAAUUAGUACUUAGGGUGGUUUUCAUGUAAUAAACCAAAUCAUGUCAAUAUACUGCAAUGAAUUAGUUGUGUUAAAUGUAAUUGUAGUUGUAAGUAUUCAAGUAGUAUGAAUCUCUGUCGGACUAAAGUCGUCGACUCUUAUAUUAGGUUGGACCACCCUAUAACAAAAUGUAUUAAAAUUUUAAAGUUGCAAAAAAUAAUAAAAUAUAUAUUAUGUAUAAUAUAAAAUGUCUGUGAUAUAGUUUGAGUAUUAGAAAGAUCUAAUCAUCUCUUUAAUUUUUUGUAAUCUUGAAAUUAAUAUAAUAAUUUUGUAGUCUUUUUUUACUCAUAAGCAAAAAAUAUUUUUGAAACCUAUAUAUUACAAUUUAAUAACUCGAAUUUUUAAUAUAUAUGCAUACACAUUAUAUGAAUACCAAUAUGUAAAUGUAAUAAAUAAUUUAUUAACA